AUGUCGGCGACACCUUCCUUCUCCAUCGCCGGCCUGCUGGCCAUGCUGCUCUCGGGCCAGGCCCUCGCCCAGGACGCGGCCGCAUGCACCCUCAACUUCGACGGGCGCGUGCCCCAGGCCGCGACCCCGGAGACCUUUGUUUCCAAACAGAGCCCCUUCAACCCCACUCACGUGCUUGGGCCCAACGUCACCUGGGCCGAGAUCAUCGAGUUCCCGGACAUCCCGCAGUCGCGCUUCGACAAGGUUGUGAACAGCAAGACCGUCGCCCUUAGCAUCUCUGACAAGUCCGUCUUCCUCUCGGGCACCGAGGGCCUCGAGACGGCCCUCCGGCGCGCCGAGCUCCUGCUCAACAAGCGCGAUGACACCGUCUCGGGCCACGUCACCUGGCACCUCUCGGUGCGCGCCGACCCGGCCCGCCCGCUCAACUACACCCACGAGUACCUGCUCGCCUUCCACGAGGCGCAGGACUUCCAGGCCGACUUCUGGAGCAUCAAGACGGGCGCUGAGCUCGAGGCCCCCGUCGGCACGCCCCCGAGGAAGACGCUCCGCGUCGAGGGCUACAAGUGGGACGUGCCCGCCAAGCUCUUCUUUGAGACGCCCCUGACCGACGACACGUGGCACAACUUUGGUAUCGAUCUGAACUUUAACGACAACCUCAUCUCGGUCCUCUACAGCACCGACGACGAGCCCCUCAAGGUCGUCGCCCCGCCAACCUUCAACAACAUCUCGGGCGUUGCGCCCACAACCCUCGGCGAGACGCAUUUUGGCCUGCAGAAGCGCCCCGUCGGUGCAAAUCUCACUAGCUUCCUGUUUGAGGGAUACCAGGACCCCGGCAUCAACGAGGCCUUCUUCUUUGGCGGCAUCUUCCAGGACCAGUCGGCCACAGGCUGUAUCACCCUGUAA